AUGGGCGCGGGAAGGGAGGGCGAGCACCGAGACGACCCCGUACCGUCGCUGCUUCGUGCGUCGCCGUCAGCCGCGGACCUCGCGCGCGAGCUCUCCGUGUUCCCCCAGGACCUGAUUCUUCCCCACUUGGCAACGUCGGAUUCCCAGCAACAGACAGGCGCUGCCGCCCCAGCACAGAAGCAUGGCAACGAAGCGCAGAGUAGGACAAGCAACGCCAGCCCAUGUGCGGGAUUCUUCAUCCGUCGCCGCCCACCGCCGCCCUCGGAAGUCCCUGAGGAGCUCCCCGAGGUGACUUUUGAGCCGACUCAGAAAUUCUUCAUCCGUCGCCGCCCACCGCCGCCCUCAGAGGUGCCGGAGGAGCUCCCCGUGCCGCCCAUCUGUGCCUACAUGGGACAAAUCGUGCAUCGGUAUGUCAGAGGAAGCUUCCUGGACGGUGCCUGUGGGGAGAAUCUGGGGAGCUGUGGAUCGGGAGAGAGGAGGCAGGAGAGAAAGGGGUGUGCGACAGGGGAAGGAGAGGAGCAGCCGCAGCAGCAGCAGCAAUGCAGGACAGUGCGACAGGGGGAGGAGAAGCAGGAGCAAGAGACGCAGCAUGAAGAGCAGAGAGAGCGGGACCUUAGAAAAGGGGAGGAAGAAAAUUCACCGUGGUUACCACCGCAGCAGCAACAGGACUCGCACUCCCUGCCGCCACAUUCGCUCUCCUCCUCGCCUCUCUUCAUCCCCUGUGGCCGGCCGCGGUCCAAGCUGGCGGUGAAGCAGCAGGCGUCAGUGCUGACGAGGCUCAGCCACGGGUACAACUGGCUGCUCAGGCUCAACAACGUGGCAUUUGUGCUGCUCAUAAUGGCAUCACCAGUCCUCCUCGCUUUGCUCUUCACACCACUCUUCCUGAGCCUCGCCUCGGGUUUCGCCUUCCCACCAGACAGCCCCGAGUUCGAAUCCCUCGACCUCCACACUAUCCUCUACAGCCCGCUCGCCCCGCCUCUCGACCAAUGGGAGCGCGCCAGCAGGGCGGGUCCGGUGGCGGUGGCGGCAUGCUGGGUGUGUGCUGCGCUCAUGCGUGCAGGGCAGUGGCUGUAUGUCGCUCUGCACUUCUUCCUCUUCACCCUCUCUCUCUGCACCACGUUCGGAGGAUCGCCGCUGCAGGUGCUCUCGCCCCCUGCACUCGUGCUCUCCAAUAUUCUCACGCUGCUCGCACAGCUCAACUUCGUCUUCCUCAGCGGUGCAGUGUUUGCUCGCAUCGGCCGCCCAGCAGAGACGGUGCGGUGCUCUCGCUUCGUCACAAUUGCCACUCAGCCCUUGACCGGCCAUGGCACGGAGAAGAGAAGGAUUCUCACGGCACGGUUUGCCCUGGUGGGGCUGAACUCGCACGAGCUGGUGAACGUGAAACUCGCCCUCUCGCUGCGCCUCUUCCUCCCAUCCUCUUCCGGGGAGGUGCACUGCUGCCUGCACGACCUGCAGCUCGUCAAAUCCGAGCUGCCCUACAUGCGCUUUGGCUUCAAUCUGCGGCACAUAGUGGAUGACUCUAGCCCCUUGCACGGCCUCUCACUCAGUGACCUGCUGGCAGCAGACGCCUCUCUCUCGCUCACCAUAUCCGGCCUUGAGCGCACCUCAAUGCAGCCGGUCUUUGUGGUCAAG